CAAGGAAGUGCCUUUGCCCAGCAAUCACAACAACAAAACACAACAUGCUUCACUUUUAAAAGAGUUAUCCCGCCACUUACAAUCACUCCAGCGGACCGAGAACGAUGACUGCGUGUGGAAACAGUCGUGUUUGUGUUUUCGGUGUCUUGUUGUGUUUGUUUUCCGGAGUUUUAUCCGGAUUUUCUUCGGUAUCGGAUCAAAAACAAACUCUGAGUCUGAACGGAAAAUGGAGUCUGUCAGACAGCAGCGGUUCUCUGUGUGUGCCCGCAGAGGUUCCUGGCUGUGUUCACUCAGCUCUGCAGCAGCAGGGAUACAUCCAGGACCCGUAUUUCAGGUUUAACGAUGUGUCUUAUCGGUGGAUUGCCUUUGACAACUGGACAUACACAACCACAUUUACUGCGUCCACCCAGCUGAGGACCAAACAGAAGGUACAGCUCGUCUUUGACAGUGUUGACACUGUAGCAACGAUUUGGCUCAAUGGAAUCAUUGUCGGGAAGACAGACAACAUGUUCCGCAGAUAUGACUUCUCGGUCAGAGACUUGCUGAAGGACGGCGAUAAUGAGCUGAGAGUUAGCUUCUUGUCUCCAGUUCUUUAUGCGUCUGAGCGGAGAAAAGCUCAUUCUGCCUACAGAGUUCCUCCUGAAUGUCCUCCAGAUGUCCAGAAGGGGGAAUGUCACGUCAAUUUCAUCAGAAAAGAGCAAAGCUCUUUCAGUUGGGACUGGGGGCCUUCGUUCCCCACGAUGGGACUGUGGAAAGGCGUUCGACUGGAGGCGUUUGAUGUCCUGCAGCUCCUCCAGGUUUCCUCUGUUCCUUUAUACAAUUCCAGCCUCUCUCAGUGGAGACUCCAGGUUGAGCUUCUUGUUGAUGCGGUUCAGACGACAAAUGGCCGAAUCACGCUCUCCAUAGCUGAGCUGGACUCAGAGCAGACCUUCCAGACACAAUUUCUCCCAGGAAAGACCAAGAACAGCUUCACUUUACACAUCAACACGAGUAGCCAGGUGAAACUGUGGUGGCCCAACGGACAUGGUGACCAACCCUUUUACCAUCUCUCUGUCGGAGGCUUUCGGGAUGGGUUUUUAAUCCUGAAUACAAAUUCUAAGGUGUAUUUUCGCACAGUAGAACUUGUCCAGGAGCCAAUUGUUGCGUCUCCAGGACUGAGCUUUUAUUUCCGCAUCAAUGGGAAACCAGUUUUCCUCAAAGGCUCCAACUGGAUCCCCGCCCACUCCUUCCAGGACCAACUCACCCCUGCUGUCUUAAGGAACUUGCUGCAGUCAGCUGUGGAUGCUAACAUGAACGCCCUCAGAGUCUGGGGAGGAGGAGUGUAUGAACAGGACCUAUUCUACAGCAUCUGUGAUGAGAUGGGAAUCAUGGUUUGGCAGGACUUCAUGUUUGCCUGUGCGAUGUAUCCGACUGAGGACGACUUCAUACAGACAGUAAGAGAGGAGGUCAUCCAACAGGUUCAGCGCCUCAAGUCUCAUCCUUCCAUAAUAAUCUGGAGUGGGAACAAUGAAAACGAAGCUGCUCUGGCAACAGACUGGUUCAGCAUCCCAGUUUCCCAGAGACCUCUGUAUCUGAAGGAUUAUGUGACGCUGUAUGUGAACAACAUAAGGGCGAUAGUUCAAGAGGAGGACCAGAGUCGCCCAUUCCUCGUCUCCAGUCCGACAAACGGGGCCGAAUCGGAGCAGGAAGGAUGGGUGGCAGCGAACCCUUACGACCCUCACUACGGGGACACACAUUUCUACAGCUACAUCCUGGACUGCUGGGAUUGGCGGAACUUCCCUCGAACGCGCUUCGCUUCUGAAUACGGCUUCCAGUCCUGGCCUUCCUUCUCCACUCUGCAGCCGGUUUCCAUUAAAGAAGACUGGAGCUACACCAGUAACUUCACUUCCCAUCGUCAACACCAUGAGAAUGGAAACCAGCAGAUGUUACUGCAGGCGGGUUUACACUUCCACCUGCCAAACUCCACAGACCCCUUGAAAAGAUUUACAGAUACUCUCUACAUCACUCAGGUCAUGCAGGCUCAGUGUGUGAAGACUCAGACAGAGUUUUAUCGGCGCAGUCAGAGUGAGAUCAUCGAGGGAAAAGGUCACACUAUGGGUGCUCUCUACUGGCAGCUCAAUGAUAUCUGGCAGGCGCCUUCCUGGUCAUCGAUCGAGUUUGGUGGGAAAUGGAAAAUGCUGCAUUAUUUUGCACAGAGCUUCUUUGCCGCCGUCCUUCCUGUCGGCUUCGAGGAUGACGACACGUUGUUCAUCUACGCUGUCUCAGACCUGACUCAUGACCUGAAGCUCAGAGCUGUGGUGAACGUGUACUCGUGGACUGAUCUGGAUCCUGUCUGCACGCUGAAGUCAGACCCGCUCCUGGUCCCCGGAGGCAGCGCCACGGCCAUUUUUAAACAGCUGGUCGCCGCCCUGCUGGCAGGAUGUGGACGCUGCACUCGCCUCACCUGCCUGCUCACCUUCCACCUGGAGGACAGCAGCGGCCAGCAGGGUCCCACCAACCACCACUUCCUCUGCUCACCCAAAGACGCUCAGGGACUCCAGAGACCAAACAUCACAGCCGAGGUACAGGAGGAUAAGACCGGCUACACAGUUACCCUCCACUCUGCCUCUGUUGCUCCUUUUGUCUGGCUCGACAUGGGAAACAUUCCCGGACGCUUCAGCUCCAACGGCUUCCUGAUGGCUUCUAGAAACAGGACGGUCAGUUUUACCGCAUGGCGUCCCACCAGCGUCGCUGAGCUGUCCAGAUCCCUCACCGUCACAUCUUUAAGGGACAUAUACUGACCUGAGACCAGUCCACAGACGGACAAAGUGGGACUAUACUGUAACUGAGAUAACUAAGAUACUAUUACUGAGAUUGGUGGAUUCUUGAGUGUCAGAAAGAUAUUUUUGUACUGAAACUGAUGAAGUCGAUCCUUUUUCUAAAUGUUUAAACUUGUUCUCUUGGCAAACAAUCAACAGAAAAGCCUCAGAAAAUGUCUUAGUCCAUCGUGGGACAUUAAAACAAAGGAUAAUUUUAAGUGUGUUUGCAGCUCUUGACAAACGGGUGACCCACUGUAUUAAAUCACUAUCAGCUAUCACACAAUGGGGUUUUACUUGAAGCACUCAUUCACACACAAUCCACCAGAUAAAGGAAGGAUAAGUGUAACGACCAAUACAAUAUUGAUAAAGGUUGAACAGGUCAAUAUGAGCCUGGUUUAAGACCUCUUAAUCUCCCACAUCUUAGAUCUUUAUCUACUGAAACUGAUCAUUAAUUGAUUGCUCUUUCACUAUCAGGACAAUACAUUUUCAGUAUUAACAACGACAUGAAUCAAACUCUUAAGAUCACGUCCUGCACUACUCAGUUGUUUGCUAUUCUAAACAGGGAACAUUGAAUCCGAACUGGGUUUGAUUUUUACAGAUUAUUGUGUUUUUGUGAACUUAAAAAAAUAGUUUUCUUUUGUGUGUUUUGCUUUUUUUGCACAUCUCUGAGAUAAUUCACCGAACAAAGAUUAAUACUUGACAUCGUGGAUGUGUUUGUACAUUACUGUCCAACAUAUGUUUUAUAUUUGUACAUAGUUGAACAAAAUGUGUGAAGCUUUCUUUGUGACAUUAAAGUAUUUUAUUCUGUUGAUCA